AUGCGGAAAGAACUUGAUAUUCCAAGCAUCAGAGAUCAUGUCACUGAAAGAACUUGUCCUCACUGGGGUCACUAUGAUCAGUGCGUCCAUGUAUCGAAGGUUAAUACUUUAUUGGUAACUGAUUCUCUAUCAUCCAUAAAUGUUCCGAACUUCUUAAGUAUCAGUUGUGUUAUGCUUGUUUCAGAAGCCAGUCACAGGUUAAUGCCGGAGAGUUUUCGAUGGUUAGUUUCCCAGGGUCUCAAUGACGAGGCCAAGAAGGUUUUAGAGAGAGCUGCCAGAGUCAAUGAUGUUGACAUUCGGAUACAUCUGGGUGAUGAUGACAACAUGGAGGUUCCCUCUUCAGCUGACACUGUGUUAGUCUCUAACAUCAAGGAAGACCUGGAGAAGGAUUGUCAACACGAAGGUACAAGCAUGAAGAGUGUGAUUGACCUCCUCACGACUCCUAACAUGAGGAUUCGAUCAUUCAACUUGUUCUUCUGCUGGUCUGUCAUCACUCUCGUGUACUUCGGAUUAUCCUCGAACACUAGCAAUUUGGGUGGCAAUGUGUUUGUGAACUUUAUCGCCAGUAUGCUUAUCGAGAUUCCAUCCUGCAUCUUCUCCUAUUUCGCCCUUGACAGACUGGGACGUAAGGGUUCGCUCUCCUUCGUGCUGUUACUUGGCGGACUCUCGUGCUUCAUAUCCGGGUUUAUUCCAGAAGGCUAUGAUUGGUUGGUGGUUUGCCUGAGCCUGGUAGGCAAGUUCGGAGCCGCUGCUGGGUUCGCCAUCGUCUACGUCUACUCUGCCGAGCUCUUCCCAACUGACUACCGCAGUGUUGGUGUUGGUGCUUGUUCCAUGUGUGGUCGUGUUGGUGGUAUUGUGUCGCCACUCAUUGCUUCUUUAAAACUGCUAUACUUCUACAAUGAUUCAAGUCUGGAUCUAAAGUUUGAGCCUGAAACAGAUCAUUUCUUCUGA